CGCUGCCACCCACGCAACCUCUUGGCGUCUUCACCGCUGGACGCUGGUACGUAUUAGCAUCUUUCGAAUUACGAUGAAAACCACAAGCGCCACUCUGAACCCGUCGCUGCCGCCGCCACGUCACACCGUCGUGCUUCUCUCGACCGGCGCGGCCUUUGGUUUUGCCAUGAACAAGGGCCAAGUGUACCUUCCGCUCGUCAUCAUGGAGCAAAUGGGCUUUCAGCGGUUCACGAUGAUGAAGAUGUUUGUCGGCGCGCUGGGCAUGUCGUUUGUGUCGAAAGCAAUAUUUCGCAUCUUGCAACCCGAGACGUUCCAGCGUAUGCAAGCCAGCCGUGCAAGCAACCCGAGCACGUCGACCGUGCUCGUGCUCGGCGGCGUCCUUCUCGGUGCGGGCAUGACCGUUAGCGGCUCGUGCCCCGGGUCGGUGUACGUCCAGCUCGGCGCACAGCUGCCGUCGGCGCUUGCGUGCCUCGCGGGUACUGCACUCGGCACGUUUGUCGCCGGCACCCUUCGCUUCCGCAUCGCGGAUUGGCAAGCCGACAAGCCCAAGGUAGCGACGACAAUGCCCUUUGGCCCGUUGUCGCAGGCGCUUCUCGGCCUGACGUGUCUCUCUCUGGCAACCCUUCUCGAAGUUGUUGUCCCUGAACACCUGUCCAUCGAGUCGUGGCGCCCGAGCGUGGCCGGCGCGGUGGUGGGCGCGCUCCAGCUGCCCAUGGCGCUUCUUCUCCACAAGUCGCUCGGCGCCUCGGCCGGCAUGAAGAUUGCGCUCGGCGAAGUCUCAAGCGUUGUCUGCAGCGCGAUGGGCAAGUCGACAGUGUCGUGGCUGCCCCGCUUCUCGGACAUAUCGCAAGCGAUCUUUAUUCUUGGGAUUCUCGCCGGGUCCUAUGCUGCGACGUCGCCGGAAGCAGCUGCCGUCUACGCACCGAGCACGCUCCGCUCGAUUAUCGGCGGCGCGCUCAUUGCGUUUGGUGCGAGCCUCGCCGGCGGGUGCACAUCCGGCCACGGCCUCUCGGGCACCGCCAUGCUAAUGAGCUCGUCCUGGCUCGUGCUCCCGUCCAUUUUUCUCGGCGGCAUGUCGACGGCUGCGCUCGAGUAUGUUCUCUAACUGUCAUUCGUUCAAGUCCAUUUCGUACAAACUACUAUCCAUCGUCUG